CGUAGAGAUGUGUCAGUCGUGCACACCAGGACAGCACUGUGCAGAACCAGGGCUGAGUUCACCCUCUGGGCCCUGUAGUCCAGGAUACUACUGUAUUCAAGGAUCACACACCCCUACGCCUCAGUACUACAACAACACAGAUGGUGAAUCUGGGGCUCAUACAGUGGAGGAUGUCUAUUUUCAGAUUCAUUUCAUUGGGGAUGUCUGUCCUGCAGGCCACUACUGCCCGAUUGGCAGUGCACGACCAGAACCCUGCCCGCCAGGUUCAUUCAUGGGCCAGAGUGGUGGUGUGUCUGAGACAGAGUGUCAUCCAUGUACCCCUGGAUUCUACUGCCCAGACUGGGGCCAGAGCUCUGCAGAGCUCCGCUGUCCUGAGGGCAGCUUCUGUCCGGCAGGUUCUGUAACAGGACAUCAACCUGACCGUCAGUGUCCGUCUGGUCACUCAUGUCCGUAUGGCAGCGUCAAGCCUGCCAUCUGUUCGCCUGGUACUUAUCAGCCUCUGCCAUCCCAGCCUUCCUGUCAGCCAUGCCCACCAGGUUUUUACUGUUUGGAGGGUUGCACCACCCCGCUUCCCUGCCCUCCGGGCACUGCAAGUAUGAUUGAGGGGUUGCAAUCUCAGCUGGAUUGCUCUCCAUGUCCUCCUGGAUUCUACUGUAACACCAGCGCACUAAUCAGCCCCUCCGGACUCUGCUCCGCAGGUCAUUUCUGCUCAUCUGGAGCCACAGAGUCUGCCCCAGUCUCUCAGAUGUAUGGAGAUAUAUGUCCGGCAGGAUAUUACUGCCCUGAGCAGAGCAGUGCUCCGUUACCCUGUCCUGUCGGUUAUAUUCUCCAGGACAAAGGGGCCACCUCCUCUAAUGACUGCUCCCCUUGCCCACCAAGCAGAUAUUGCAUUGCACCAGGCUCCUCUCAGCCCUCAGGGUUUUGUGCUCCAGGUCACUAUUGCAUUGGAGGUGCAGAUACUGCUGCACCUCAGGCCACACUCUCUCAGCAGACCUGUUUUUGUGACCUCAUAUCUUCAUCCCACCUCCAAAAGUAUGAUCUUUGCCUUCUGAAGCACAACAUAACCUGUUCAGUUCACAUUCCAGGUAGGAUUCCAGAUAUGGUAUUAAAUCAUGUAUAUGGUAACAGAUGA